UAUUUAAAUUUCUAGUAUUUCAACAAAUUACCAUGGCCGAAAAUUCAGGAGAUCAAAUGAAAAUCAAUCAAGUAACGCUUUUUACUCCAACGUUAAACGAAAUAAAAAAUGUUAUUACUCCAGCACUUGCUACAAAUUUUGAAGAAAUUGCUGUGGAUGUAGUAGAUUGUCCAGAUUUAACGAAAGUACCAUUUCAAUUAGCAUUUGAAGGGCUUGGUGGACAUCCAAAACUCUUUGAUAUUGGAGGACCACCUUUCCUACUUCCGUCAGUUCAAAGGAAUAAAAUUUAUGAUGUUCAAACAAUUUUGAAGCAAAUCAAUUAUAAUAAUAAGGCUUUUGUUAUUGGAGCAGGUGCUGGUCCUUGGCCACAAUUAUCUCGAAAUUGUGAAAUGAUGAUGAAUGUCGUAAUUGAUUCGGAUGAGAUCAAAAAUCAAACUAAACUAGCAUGGGUCGGAGAUGACAACCAGUGUGUCCUUCAGAAUUGUAAAGAAUCCGACACUAGAUUAGCAUUACUAGCUAAUUUAUUUGUUUCUGAAGGAAAACCAGGAAAAGUUAUAAAAGUUUAUGCUAAAACUCGUACUGGAAAUCUUGAUUUUAUUACAACAAUCCAAAAUGCAUUGUCUGCAAGAUAUAGAGGUAUGGGUGGAACAUUCCUUAUUAAACAAGGAAAAGUUAAGCAACACGUUAUGCCAGAUUUUUCACCAGUACCAUUAAAUAGUGAAAAAUCUCUAAAUGAUUGGCUACAUUUUUAUAAUAUGUCAGCACCAUUAGUUGCCGUUGGAACAUUAGUAUCAGCAGAAAGUAAUUUGGACCUUCGUGUUCAACAUUUCCAUAGUUUCAGUGAUCAUGGUGAGGGUGGUCAUUAUCAUAUCGAUGUAACUCCUGAUACUGUUGAAUAUUUAGGAUACUUUAACAUAGCAGAUUGCUUGUACCGAAUCGAUCAGCCACCUAAAAGUGUUUUAUUUGGUAAAGAUUAG